UGGCUUGUACCGUGUUACUGUGGACAAUGAAGACACAUACCUUUUAGUCAUGAGGAAUAUGUUCAGCCACCGACUAACUGUCCACAGGAAAUAUGACCUCAAGGGGUCACUGGUUUCUCGAGAAGCAAGUGAUAAAGAGAAGGUAAAGGAACUGCCAACCUUCAAGGAUGUAGAUUUCAGAAAUAACAUGCAGCGAGUGUACAUCAGUGAAGAGGAGAAAGAAAAGCUUUUGGAUAAACUGAACAGGGACAUAGAGUUUCUUGUGCGGUUGAAGAUCAUGGACUACAGCCUGCUGCUGGGCAUUCAUGAUGUCGGGAGGGCAGAGCAAGAGGAAGCGGAAGAAAUUAAGGACUCUUUAAGUGAAGAGGAGGAGGAUUCAGCGAAUGACCUAUCCCUUACAGCUGUGGGGUCUUUUGGCACUUCCCCUGAGGGCAUUGCAGGGUACAUGAGCUCUUAUAAACCUCUUGGUCCAGGAGAGUUUGACCCUUAUGUUGAUGUGUAUGCCAUCCAGAGCGCAGUUGGUGCCCCACAUAGAGAGGUAUACUUCAUGGGUCUAAUAAACAUUCUGAGCCAGUAUACAAAGAAGAAAGCAGCCCAUGCAGCAAAAACAGUCAAGCAUGGAGCUGGGGCUGAGAUCUCUACAGUUCAUCCUGAACAAUACGCCAAGCGGUUUCGAGAAUUCAUUGCAAACAUCUUUGCCUAAUUGAGAGCAUUAUAUUCUUCCAAAUCUAGUGGACCAAAAAAAAA